CCUCCAAAGCACAAGCUCUGUUUACAUACUUUCCCCUCCACCAUCCCAGAACUCAUACCCGCCAAACCCACCAUGGCCAACAUCUUCGAAUCCAAUCUCCCACAAGAUGGCCACCGCGCCACAGAAUCCGCUCAUCGCAAAAUCGAACUCCAAAGUCCCGCAGAUUUGACCUAUCUCAUCGCAAACGUGACAAAAGCCGCCCAAGAGAAAAUCGAUCAACAUCUUCCGCCUGAUGCUGCUCCGGUGGGAGAAGAUGCGAUGAGGAAGAGAGUGGAGCAAUUAGUAGACGAGUAUAUUCGGACGACGUUUGAUGCUGCGAAGGAUAACAUUACGAUUAAUGGAAUGGAGACGAGGGAGAUUGAAGAGGAAUUGAAGAAGGCGAGGGAGGGUGAGGAAUUGGAACCCUUCGAUACGAAACUCGCGCAGAAAAUCCAGGAACUUUCGACACAUAUUGAACAUCAGACUUUACAGCUUGCGAAUUUAAGGCGGAAGGCUCCGAAGGAAACGGCCGAACAUUUUAAGGUUGCUUUUGACAGGCAGACGGAGGACUAUGAGAAGAAGUUGGAGGAGGAGAGGAUAGCGAAGUUGAAGGCCGCGCAAGAGACGGAUGUGAGUGUGGGAGAAGUGAAGAGAGUUGAGGACAUUUCAGGAACAUGGCAGAGAGGGAAUGAAGACCUGGUGAAGUUGAAAGAGGGUAUGGAUGGGACGGUGGGGAGGUUGGAGAAAGCGCAGAAGGCGAUGGAAGUUGUUGGGGAGAAGUAGGAUGUUUUGCGGCGCGCAGUUCUGGUUGCGACUUUUUGCACGAUGAGGCAUGAUACCCUGAAUAACGGCGUUGGAAAGGUUGCAUUUUUCGCACGUAGAGGUGAGCCGGCACGAUGGUUGAGCCUGGCGGUUACAAGACGACAUUCUGAUUCCGGCAUCACUUCACUUGAAUUUGCAAGUUGCGAUUACUCACGCGAUGGAUUGCCGCUUUCGGCCCUCACUGUCAAAUGGCUGCAUCAGGACUUCUCCGCCUCAGGGCAGUCCACUCUUCCACUCAACAAACGUACCACGAGUCGAUUCAUGGAAUAGUCGACACACGAAGCGCCUGUACACAUCCACGAGAACCUCAUUCAAGACACAGCAAGUAACGAGAAUGGCUACUCAGGUCACUGACGUUCUGCAACCGCAAUUCCUCUCCGUCAAGGCGCUCCAGCAGAUCUUCAUCAUCUGCGACAAUGUCGCCGCGGCCUCGCUCGCUCAGAACAGGCGUUGUGGACGACACGAUGACUAGACGCUGUUAUCGGCUGAAGGACUCUUGGCGACUCUGUGAGUGCUCACCC